GUUCAAUCUGCAGCUACUCCUUUUGAAUUUUGUCCGUUCGUGGCAGUAGAUUUGUUUAGGUAGACGAAGAGGUUGCAUCUGUCUUAAAGGACGAAUUAUCCGGUGGCCAAAGGCUUUGAAGGUUGAAAACCCUUUGAGGUCAGCCAAGAUGGAUCUUAACUUGGGUGUUAAGGCUCUUCUUAGCUGGAUUAACAGUAUAAAACUGUCUGACCGAGGAUUUACUAUCAACGAUUUACAAGAUGGAACAGUCUUUCUAAAAGUUAUUUCUAUGCUGAAAAAGGAAUCAGUCUCCUGUGUCAGUAAUUCCAUUGAGAAACGGUUUAACCUCAUUGCAGACUUCCUGGAAAAGGAGUGCAGAUUUAGUGAAACCAAUGGCACUUCAUUGUCUUGGGACAAAAUAAGAGAUGGCAUCAACCUAACAGUGGAAAUUUCAAAGGUGCUUUUGUUGCUCGUGUACCAUGACAUAAUGAAUGAGCGUUGCACCCUGAACAUGUUGGAAUGCGAAGUGGAGCGGGAGAUAGCAAACCUAACUGGUUCCUUUGUAAUGGAGAGCGAGGGCUGUGUUUAUCUGAGCAAUGGGCUUGAAGCUUAUUUAAAAAGGAUACAUUUGUCUGUCUCUCAUGAAAUAUUUGAGCGAUCAACAACCACCUCUACCUCCAGCUUGUCGACCAUUUCCUCACUGUCAGAUGACGAGUCCCCUGUCUUGCACCGUGCACAGAAAAUCACAUUCAUGGACAUGCAUACUGUGGCUUCUUCCUCAGUCAGCAAGUCUCCUCUGCAGGAUAUCAUGAACACACCUAAAUUUCAGCUGAGGAAGAUGCAACGACAGAUGAUCAGGGAGAGAGACUACCGAGAUGGUUUGGAGAGAGAGCUGGCCACCAAGCUUGCAUUCAUUGCACAGAGAGAGUCCCAUAUUAACCAGUUGCAGUACCGCCUGGAUAAGUUGAAAGAGGAGCAAGGUGAUCAAGAGCAGGUCAUCAGGGAACAAAUUAAUGAGCUUGAGACCAAGAACAAUGUGUUACAAAUGCGUCUUAAUGAGAUGUUAAAGCAAAAUAAAGACUUCAAGAGUAACUCCUCACUUAUGGAGCGCAAAGUGGAUGAGCUGACAGAAGAAAAUGGUGUACUCUCUUCCCAGAUGAGAGCAGUGUGUUCACAGCUGGCCAUCUUUGAGAAAGAAGUUGACAGGCUGACAGAAACUCAAGCAUCUGCUCAGGAGGAGUGGAAAAGCAAAACAGGCCACCUAGAGUCUGAGCUCAAUCAGGCUACUGCUGAAAAGGAGCUUCUGACUGAACAAAUCCAGAUCCUCCAGGGAAAGAUUUCCUGUUUGGAGGAAGAAAUAAGCAGGGCUGCUAAGGAAGAAGUAGGAGAGAAUAUGGGGCCUGUAAUGGAGAGAGAAAUGUUUGAGAUGGAAAUCGGUGGUUUGAAGAAUGAGCUUGUGAGCAUGCUUAGUUCCCUGAAAAAGGCAGAAAUGGAGAUUCAGGUCAAAACACAGCAGCUGGCAGAAUAUCAGGAAGAAAUUACUCAACAAAAGGAUCUCCUGAAGCAACAGAAGUCAUGCACUGAAGAAAUUAUUCAAGCCAAGGAUGAAAUUAUAGACAAGUUGCAAAAGGAGAUCACUGAACAGAGAGUAUUCCUUCAGCAAGAGAUCCAAGAUCUCAAGCUUCAACUUCACCAAGUUGAGCAUCAGAAAACUGAGCAGACAACCAGACUACAGCAGCGAAUUACUGCUUGUGAAGCAGAAGUUGAAAAACUAAAGGAAAUUAAGAAAGAGAAGGAAGAUCUUCUCUGCCAGACUGAAGAAAAGGUGAAAGAUCUUGAGACAAAGUUAUAUGCUGCCAGUUCUCUCUUGGCUGGUAAAGACCAACAGAUUAACGGCCUUAAAGAAGAAGUUGACAUUCUUACAGAUGAAACAAAAAAAAACAAAAGUGAAAUUCAAGCCAAAGAGGAAAUGCUUGCCAAAUUACUUCUGGAGAAGUCUAACGAGCAAGAACAUUUUCACAAUAAAAUCCAGACCUUGACAGUCCAAGUUCAAGACCUUGGCUUGUCGCUCAGACAGGCUGAGCAGGAUCAACUUAAGCAAGACCUACUAACUAAAACCCAGCAAGAAAAUGUUCAACAAAGGGAGAUACUCCAACAACAGAUUGUAACCUGUGAAGAAAAGGUCCAGCAGUUAAUUGAAGAGAUACAGGUCAAAAAUGAGCAGCUUGUUGUUCUAAAGAAUGAGGGCUCUCGACAGUCUGAAUCUCUGGAGCAAGAGAUUAAAGCUCUAAAAUGCCAACUAGGACAUCUGAAUGACUCUCUCAGGCAGGCAGAGGAACAAAUUCAGUCUCAAGAGGUAAUGCGUACAAAACAGGAGCAGGAAAGUGAAAAUCAGAAGGCGAUCCUGCAGCGACAACUCUCUGCUUCUGAGGAAAAGGUGAGGAAGAUGAAUGAGGAGAUCCGGAUUAAAGAGGAACAGCUGAUUCUGCUGAAGACUGAUGGCUCAGAGCAGUCACAACUUCUACAGCAACAGAUCCAAGAUUUAAAGACACAAGUGGAGAUUCUACGCUCAUCACUGAGGAAAGCUGAAGAGGAUUUUAAAUCCAAGGAAAAUCUGUUUGCUGAACAGCAACUACAGAGUACUCAGGGUAUGGAGGCACUCCAAGUGCAGAUGGUAGCAUCUCAAGAUGAGGUGAAGAGGCUAAAUGUAGAGAUCCAUGCCAAGGAGGAGCAGUUGGUUCUCCUAAAGACUGAGACCUCUACACACUCUGAGCUGCUACAGCAGGAGAUUGAAAGCCUGAAUAAACAAAUAGAAAAUAUGAACCGUUCUCUUGAGAUGGCCAAGGACCAGGUUCAAGCCAAAGAAGACUUGAUUGCCAAGCAAGAGCAGGAGAGCACUUUGCAGAUUGAGGCACUCGGAAAGCACAGUGCAGUUCUCGAGGAAGAGGUUAAUCGGCUGAGAGAGGAGAUCCAAACUAAGGAGGGUGAGCUGGACAUGUUAAAGGUCGAGAACUGCAAGGAGUCAGAGGUGCUACAGAAUGAGAUCCAUUCUCUGAGGGACAAAGUACAAAGUUUGAAUGAAUCCUUGAAGACUACACAAGAGCAGGUUCGUGCAAAAGAGAAUCUGCUGACUCAGAAGGAAAUGGAGAUUUCUCAGGAAAAAGAUGCAUUCCAAAACAUGAUGGCAACCUCUGAAGAGGAGAUGAAAGGGCUUAGGGAGCAGAUCAAGGCUAAAGAGGAACAGCUGGUCACACAAACUAAAGAGAGCUCCAUAAAUUCUGACUUGUUCCAGCAAGAGAUUGAAUGUCUAAAAAGCCAACUAGCUAAUUUGGGUGACUCUCUCAGAAAGGCUGAAGAGAAGAUUCAGACUCAGCUAGCUGUGCUCACCAGCCAGGAGCAGGAGAGCGCUCAUCAGAAUCUCCUGCAGCGACAACUCUCUGCUUCUGAGGAAAAGGUGAGGAAGAUGAAUGAGGAGAUCCGGAUUAAAGAGGAACAGCUGAUUCUGCUGAAGACUGAUGGCUCAGAGCAGUCGCAACUUCUACAGCAACAGAUCCAAGAUUUAAAGACACAAGUGGAGACUCUACGCUCCUCACUGAGGAAAGCUGAGGAGGUUUUGAAAUCCAAGGAAAAUCUGUUGGCUCAUCAAGAGCAAGAAAAUACUCAACAGAGGGAAACACUCCAAAGCCUACAAGAGAAAGUCAAACAAGCUGAGAUUCUGCAGAAACAGAUUUCUUUGCGUGAAGACGAGAUCCAAAAGCUUAAAGAAUCUCAAAGUAAGAAAGAAUGCUGCUUCCUUCAGACUGAGAGAGACCUCCAGAAACAGCUAUCGGCUAAAUCGGAAGCUGCGGAACACUACAAGGCACAGAUGGAGAAGGCAGUGAACCAUUACAAUGGCAAAAAGCAGCUUCUUCAGGAAAGCCAAGAGGAGGUGGCCCAUCUCAAACAUUCCUUAGAGGCUAAAGAGCGAGAAGUACAGGCCAUUGCCAUGGAAAAGAAGAUUCUUCAACUGGAUUUGGAGAAAGCCCUAACCAGUGAGAAGAAACUUGUGAGCACGGUGGCUAGUUUGGAGGCACAGCUGACCUUUGCUGACCGUAAACUGCGUGCACAGAAUAAGGUUCAAGUUAAAGAAGAAAGGUCAACAGAGACAUGUUUCUUUGAGGUUCCCGGCAUGCGCUCAGGGUUCAGUAGAGCACGUGAAGUGAAGAGAACCAUGAGUGCUGACAGUCUGGACCAGAGCUCUCUGGAAGAUUUUCUGGACUCCACAAGGAAACUCUCAGCGCCUGAUGAAUCAAGACCGCUUGUCCGCAGUUCAGAGCGCUUGGCAGAGAAACGCCGGGGUCUAUGUGCCGAGUCACUGGAAACCCUUUACUUUACACCAAUAAACAACAAACAGAUCAACAGGACCAGUACAGCGCACAAAAUGGAAGUGGAUUCAGCCUGUAGAAAUCCAACUUCUUCUGUGAAGCGACGCAGGACCACUCAGGUUAUUAACAUCACCAUGACCAAGAAAACCCCAGGUGGAAGUGAAGCUGAUGAAACUUUCUAUAGUCUGGCCUCCGCUCGCUCCCAACCAAACCUCUCCAAUGCCUCUGCACAACCCGUGUCUAUGGAGCUCUUUGGCACACCAGCCAGAAUGACCGGCGCUGCCAACGACCAGCUCAUCGGUCUUCCAGGGUACAGACGGAGCGCAGUCCAUUCACAAACCACGAGUACAUUCUGCGUGGGGGCAGAGAACGAGCCAGACGGUGCACCUGACGAUUGGAUGAGGAUUGCUGAGCUCCAGGCCAGGAACAAGGCCUGCCUUCCUCAUCUAAAGAGCAGCUACCCUGUGGAGUCUGAGACCGGCCAUGGCAGUGUGUUCGUUUUUACAGAUGAAGAACUCAGAAUGGGCGACCCGUCUGACACAAUCCGUCGGGCGUCUAUGAUGCCUGGCCAGCUGCAAGACUCUCUCUCCUCCCACCGGCACUCCCUCAUGGUGGGACACGCAGGUGCCGCAGCCAGCAGACGUUCUCAUCGCAUGUCCUUGAUGCCAGGCCAGCUGCCAUCCAACACGGUCAGCUCCUCUCAUCUCAGGAGUCCGAAAGGGAUUAAGCGGUCUUCAUCUACAUUGUCCAUACAUCAGACUUCGCCAGAGAAAAGGGUGAAGGCCAGCUGCUUCCCCCGUCCACUGACUCCCAAAAACAAGAACGUGAACAGUGGGCCCUCCACCUCUAAGCUUCACCCUGCCCUCAGUCCAGCCGAGCGGAGGCAGUCUAUGAUGUUCACUGUUGAGAACACCCCUAAGAACAACAACUACCUGAGGAAAGGGCUGAACAAACUACGCAGCUCCACGCGGAAAUCCCCGGGCAAAAGCUCAAAGAAGUCGCCAGCUCAGACAUCUGCGCGCAAAUUCCAGGAAAACACACCUUCUGCAAAUUCUCGCACUGGAGUGGGGCGAGCAGGCAGAACUGGAAGCUCUCUUGUGGCAGCUAAAGGACAGAGGAAGUCUCCACGAGCCACCACCAGUACUGCAAAGUCUCCUGGACUGACCGCUAGUGCUCGCAAGAUGAUGAGCAGGAUGAAGGUGUGAGGACUGGUUCCCAAAUUGGAGUCCACAGUUUUACUUGAUCAUACUUUUUUUUCACUUUUUCUUUUCUCAAACCCAACUUUGUUUUUAUUGUUGUCGUUGGGACUUUUGACAAUCUUGUCUUAAUCUGCCUUUUAUUUUUCUUUGUAUUAUAUUUACAUGUUUGUCAAUAAAACAAUAAAAAAAUUGCACAUUG